GUUUUUUUUUGUUGGUUUAUUUGUGGAUGAUUUAUCUACCGAUUCUUCACUGAGCAUUUGCGUUCACUUUCCGUAUCUCUCGCGAUCCAGUUGAAGACGACAUAACUGUAAGGAAGACCUGCAUCCUCAUUUUCUACACCAACAACAAACACUCUACUUAAACUCAAUGGACAAAGAAUGGAUGAGAUUUCCAAGAGAAAGCCCAGAGUACAUGAAGGGCGUAUUCUUUUUUCUUAAUUAUGCUUAUAACAAAGGAAAACCUGAAGGACUGGAGAUUUUGUGCCCUUGCGCUCAAUGCCACAAUGCUUCUUGGAAAACAGGAGCGAUUGUAUUUGAUCAUUUAAUAGGAAAUGGAUUUGAGAAAGGCUACAAUGUUUGGGAUCGCCAUGGUGAGGGGUUAAGUCCCAUGGAUAUUGAUGGUGAUACAGAUUCUGAAGAGGAUGAACUAGAUAACAUUGAUGAAUUAUUGAAUGAUAGAUUUAGAGAUGUGAUACAAGAGGAGUGUGGAGUUAACAAUGGUCUUAGUGAUGAUGCUAAAAAGUUUUAUAAUCUGAUUGAAGAAGCAAGCCAAGAGUUGUACCCAGAAUGCAAAAAUUUCUCUACAUUAUCUUUCACUAUUCGUCUGUACUUGUUGAAGUGUCUUCAUGGUUGGAGCAAUGCAUCCUUUACUUCUCUGUUAGAGUUGUUGAAAGAAGCUAUGCCUUUAUUAAAUGUUCCUGAUUCAUAUAAUAAAACUAGAGGAAUGAUAAGAGAUUUGGGACUUGAUUAUAGUAAGAUUGACGCAUGUCCUAAUGACUGUAUGCUAUAUUGGAAAGAUCAUAAUAAUGACAUAUCAUGCCAUGUUUGUGGUGCUUCACGGUGGAUUGAAAGUACUACAGAAAGUGGUCAGACUGAGGAAAACAAGAAAGAACACAAAGUCUCUGCAAAAAUAUUAAGACAUUUUCCUUUGAUUCCUAGACUGCAAAGGUUGUUUAUGUGUUCAGAGACAACCACUUCAUUAAGGUGGCAUCAUGAUGAUCGUUCCAAAGAUGGGAAAUUAAGGCAUCCUGCUGAUGGUCAAGCAUGGAAAGACUUCAAUGGUCAUCAUCCUGAAUUUGCUCGUGAUUCACGUAACAUACGACUUGGAUUGGCUAGUGAUGGAUUCAAUCCAUUUAGAGCAAUGAAUUUGAAAUAUAGUGCAUGGCCUGUUAUACUGAUUCCUUAUAAUUUCCCACCAUGGUUGUGUAUGAAGGCUGAGUAUUCUAUGUUACCUUUACUAAUACCUGGGCGAGAUUCACCUGGAAAUAACAUUGAUGUGUACCUCCAACCAUUAAUUGAAGAGUUAAAGGUAUUGUGGAAUUUAGGUGUAGAGACAUAUGAUGCUUCAACAGAUCAAACUUUUCAAAUGCGAGCAGCUCUCUUAUGGACUAUUAGUGACUUUCCUGGGUAUGCUAUGUUGAGUGGAUGGAGUACGAAAGGAUAUAUGGCUUGCCCUUACUGUAAUUAUAACACUAACUCUAUCUAUCUGAGCCAUAGUCGAAAGGUGUGUUAUAUGGAUCAUCGUGUUUUCUUACCUAUGAAUCAUAAAUAUAGAUCAAAUUCAAGGGAUUUUAAUGGGGAAAAAGAAUUCAGGCCUCCACCAGAUUCGCUUGAAGGGGUAGAAAUUUCUGAAAUAUUAGAAACCUACAACAAUGUCUUUGGAAAGAAGCAAAAGAAAAUUAGCAAUGGUCCAUGGAAGAAAAAAUCCAUCUUUUUUGAGUUGCCAUAUUGGAAGCAUAAUACUUUGCGCCAUAAUCUUGAUGUGAUGCACAUAGAGAAAAAUAUUUUCGAUAGUAUUAUCGGAACUUUGUUGGAUAUACCGAGGAUGACAAAAGAUCAUGGAAAGGCUCGUUUGGAUUUACAAGACAUGGGAAUUAGAAAGAAACUUCAUCCGAAGGAGAUCAAUCAAGGGAAGGAUAUAGUUUUUGCAAAAGCAUGUUUCUCUAUGACCACAAAUGAAAAAUCUAUUUUUUGUGGUGUUUUAAAAAAUGCAAAACUACCAGAUGGAUGUGCAUCAAACAUUUCAAGGUGUGUUCAACUUGGCGAAAGAAAAAUUUGUGGCUACAAGACUCAUGAUGCACAUAUUAUGUUACAUUAUUUACUUCAAGUAGCAAUAAGAAGUACAAUGUCUAAUCAAGUUGCUCACCCUUUAAUCCGCCUUUGUUCUUUUUUUCGUUGUUUAUGUAAAAAAGUUAUCGAUUUGAAGGAUCUUGAUAUCUUAGAAUCAGAGAUUGCAGAAACUCCUUGCCAACUAGAGACAAUUUUUCCUCCGAGUUUCUUUGAUAUAAUGGUUCAUUUGCCUAUACAUCUUGUGAAUGAGGUGAGAAUGGGAGGGCCAAUUCAAUAUAGGUGGAUGUACUCUCCUGAAAGGUAUUUAGGUAAAUUGAAGGGUUACGUUCGUAACAAAAGUCAUCCAGAAGGUUCUAUGGCAGAAGGAUACAUAGUCGAAGAAGGCUUAAUACUAUGCGCAAGGUAUUUGAAUAGUGGUGUAGAGACAAGGCUUAAUCGAAUGCGAAGGAAUAGUGAGAAAUGUCAUCCUUAUGAAGUUGAAGGUUCAUACUUUUUUCCCUAUAUUGGUCAUCCUAUUGGAGGAAAGAAAAAGGGUGAAGCAAUUUAUUUAGAUAGAAAUUCAAAGAAUCAAGCUCACUGUUACAUCUUGUUCAAUUGUGAUGCAGUUCAAAAAUUUAUGAGGUAA